AUGGCUGACGGGCUUUGUGAGUCACCACUCCGUCGAGGGGAGCUGAUUGGACAUUAGGUGGGCGGUCGGUCUGGCGGUUCUCCUUCUUCCUCACCGAGUAAACUCGGCGUCGGGCCAUCUCCGUGCGGGCUUCUUAAGUCCGGUGUGGUUGUUUGGUCCUGAGCUCUACGAUUGUGAUGACGUAGGACUUUGUAAGCUGCAGGAAGGUCCAGAUGCAUGUUGAUAGAGUGGGCAUCGGAGAACAACGCCUCGAGAGUUAGCCGUUCUGUUUUUGUGUUGCCUCGGCCUAAGAUGGUAGCCCUCUGAAGGUCAGAAGUAUACCCCGUUUCUCCAACGUGUGUUGCUAGUUGAGAGUCUGGGCCUCACCUCGGAGUGGCCGAUUUGUGUUCUUGUAGGCGAGUUUGCAAUUUCCGCCCGGCUUUGCCCACAUAGUUGCAGUCGCCCUCAUUGCAAUUUAUUUCGUAGAUGACCGCUGAGGUUUCAGCGGGUGGCAAUGGGUCCUUAGGUUGCAUCAGGCGACGUCGAAUUGUUGCUUGUGGUCGAUGGGCUAUGCCUACUAUGGUGGGUUGUGGCAGUCGCGAGACCGCUUCAGAGACCCCUUUAACGUAAGGAAUGGCCCUCCAGACUUCGGGUUGCCGCUCAUUUGACCUAACGUCUGCUUCUCUCGAUGAAAUGCCUGGGAUAACCAUUGGGUGCAUUUUACGCUUUGACAAUGAAGAGAUGACCCAGCUCUUCGAAACGUCAGCACUUAAAUAAACUUCUUGCGGAGAGCCUAUCUUCGUCUUCAGAUAAUCAACCCGGAUAUCUCAACUUUGCCAAUGACUACUUACGAACUUCAGACUUUCUUCUUCCGAAUCUGCGAGACAGUGAGGCGCUGACAAUGGAAACUGUUCCACAAAUUUUGGCAUUUCUAUCUACCUCUCCUCCUGAACGUCCGAUAGAGAUGCGCGGCAUCGUCAGGCCGACUUUGCCGUACUCGCAACUUCACCGGACUCUCCUGCCUAUCACCCUAAGACUUCUCCGCCACCCUGAAUGCCCAGUCUACACCGUAAUCUCGUUCCAACACGGCCGCCGCCUAUUGGUAUCACACCACUUCUCGUAAGUCGUAAUGAGAAAAUGUGUAGCUCCUUAGCUCUUCUUAAUAAGCAGCCAAUUUCUGCGCUACCGUACAUUACGUAAGACUCCGUAAUUAUGCACAAACCGUCCAUCCGCAGGUCUUCUAAAACAUAACACAGAAACACAGUAAUGGGUGGCUUUAAUCGGACGCGUGGAUUGUCUUCGUAAAAAAUAAAAUAGUGCAUACCCAGUUUCGAAAGCAUCAAAAACCUGAGUUCACAAAUAGAAUACAAUAGAAUAAAAUAGAAUACAAAUACAGGCGUUGCACAUAGUCUUGGAUACAGCCGAAUUACCCUCACUAGACGCGAGACAACAAUCAGCAUUCUAAAGUUUUUGAUAUAAAUUCAAAAAUUUCGGUCAAGAUACUGGUCAGAACGAUGACAAGGUAAUUUACAUAAGCAGACAUUUUGGCCUGUCAACAAGUCAUCAUAACAAGUUCGUCUGUCGCAGGCGACAAGUGCAACCGCUGGCCAGCAAGGAUGCUGCGGUGACUGGCGCAUGGGGCAGAUCGCAGUAACGCAGAUUUGUGACGCAUCUACCUCGCUCACGCCUCGUACAACCACCUCUGCCAAGAGGUCUUGAUGACUCAAGGUUAAAUUGGAGCAUGGACGUGGGUGGCGUGAAGUCUCCGCCUAAUUCCUGUUCCAUGCAAACGUCAAAGAGGCGCCGGUUAGAAACAGGGACGCAUUUUUGGAGGCUUUUUGCAAUAGAAACACGCAGGCGCACGAUGCAAGAUGGGAGUCGGCUCGAAAAGCGUAUCAUUCACCACAAAUAAAUACAAAGGGAUGGUGCCCUCAACGUGCACUUGUUGCCUCCUCCUUAUUUGUCCGCGCUAGUGGACGACAUCGCUCAUUGUCUUAAAGAAAUAAUCUCCUGACUGCCCAUUAGGUGACUAGUGUUGGUUCAUCGACUGGUCUCGUAUGCAUACUUACGACGGAAUAGCCCCUUAAAGUGCGCGCAGAUAGCGGAAGGAAGAAAGACAGUGUUGGAAAAUAUUGACCAGGGACCCCGACAACAGCGCCUUCAGGCCCAGCGAAAUGGUUUCGCGGAUGGCCAAACAGAUCAAUGCCUCACAAGUAUAAUCGGCCACAACGAGAGAAGAGAGACGAGGUUGUUCCUGAUGACUCGGGCUUAGGCAUCCUUGUACCUAUCCUCAGGAAGGGAGAUAAGAGGAGAUGCGAGAGCUACCGCGGCAUAAGCCUCAUCGACGUAGCUGCGAAGAUCUUCGCUAUUGUCCUACUCAGGCUACUCCAGGCUAAGCGUGACUCAAGGACGAGGCCCAAUCAAGCCGGAUUUCGUACUGGACGUGGAUGAGCGCACCAGGUAUUUACACUAAGGCGCAUUCUCGAAUUUCGCCAUAGCUACCAACAACCGACGGCCGUCUGCUUCAUUGACUUUGCCGCCGCGUUCGAUUCCGUUCAUGGUGAGUCCCUCUGGCAGAAAAUGGCGCUAGAUGGUAUACCGGCAAAAAUCCUCACCAUGAUCAAGGUCUAUUAUCGCUCCAGUACUGCGAGAGACCUGGUCAGCAACAAUCUAUCCCAGCCGUUCGGUAUUCGGUUUGGCGUUCGACAGGGUUGUGUCCUGUCACCCAUUCUGUUCAACUAUGCUAUUAACUGGAUCCUCGAGAGGGCCGUACAGGAGGGUGAAAACGUUGAGUUUGCACCCGGACACCGACCGACUGAUCUUGACUAUGCCGAUGAUAUCACCUUACUUGGUUCAGGUUUUAGUGAUCUGCAAUCUAUGGUUUAACGGGUGAACGAGGUCGCUAAAUCAGUCGGUUUAACAAUAAACGCUGAGAAGACUAAACCGUUUUCAAGCUGCAUCCUUGACCAGGAGAAGGCCCUCCUCGGGAUUGAUGGCUGUCAACUACUACUACUACUACUACUACUACUACUACUACUACUACUACUACUACUACUACUACUACUACUACUACUACUACUACUACUACUACUACUACUACUACUACUACUACUACCUGCAGCCGUCUUUUUCUUCUCCAUAG